UUGGGGUGGUGUCGCGCUGUGGGUGGGCGGGGCAGGCGUCUCUUAUUUGUGAAACGAUAUCUGGUGCGGGCAGUAGAUCACCGAGAAGCAAUGAGUGUCAGGAGCAGUCAAGCUAAUGACAAGGGCACUGGCAUCCUAUCUGGAGGCAACAGGAACAGUUCUACCAAGCCAAGUUCAGACAUGAUCUCGGAAGAAUCCCUCGUAGGAAAGCCUGUUGUCACGCCCGAAGACGUGCUCCGUCUGGACAAGAUAACUCAGAAUUAUCUAUGUGUUCCGGAGGCCAAUAUUUACGAUAUCGAUUUCACUCGCUUCAAGAUCCGUGAUUUGGACAGCGGAGCGGUGUUGUUCGAAAUCGCCAAACCUUCAGUAGACUACGAGCCGGAUGAUGGCUCGGAGCCGGAGGAGAUGGACCAGAACGCGGGUCGCUUCGUGCGUUACCACUUCACUCCCAAGUUCCUUCAGCUGAAGGCCAUUGGAGCCACGGUGGAGUUCACUGUCGGCGCCCAGCCCGUCAACAACUUCCGGAUGAUCGAGCGCCACUUCUUCCGCGGCAAGCUGCUCAAGACGUUCGACUUCGAGUUCGGCUUCUGCAUACCCAACUCGCGGAACACGUGCGAGCACAUCUACGAGUUCCCCAACAUCGGGCCGGACACAGUGGAUGAGAUGAUCCGGCACCCGUACGAGACGCGCUCCGACAGCUUCUACUUCGUCGACAACAAGCUGAUCAUGCACAACAAAGCAGACUACGCGUACAACGGCUAGCGAGCCGCCGGUGGACGCCUGCACGGGGAGCUUGGGCUCGUCCGGGGGGACGUGUGCACAGUGGGACGAUGGUGCUCAGCUGACAAAAGACGGGAUCACGUAGGGUAGUCAAGUCUAUAUCGAUUUCAUAUAUGGGUGCACCGGAUGUGCUUACUGUGUGCAUCCCGGCGUCGGGGGUCUGUGGGCAUCAGUGGGAUGGCUUUCUGUCUGUGUGACACUUGUCGAGAAUGGAGGAAUCGUCUGACACCGGGAUGUGGUAGGAUGACGAUGGAUGCCUGGAUGGAGGUUGAAGGAUGAAGGACGCUCGACACUUGAAUAGGGUGUGGAUGACAUUGGAUGCUAGGCUUAUAACGGUGACACAAGCGUGGGGAAAGCCGAAAAUUAACCUCUUACGUCUGGCAAGAUCAAAGAGACCGCCGGGGCAGCUUAAACGGGUCUCCGGCGGGCGAAGGGGGAGAGGACGGACUGUCUAGUCUGCAACUUUUCCAACCUUAUCUGACGUGGCCGUGUGCAUCUUAGAACUAACUCAUCGCAUGUUGAACCGACGCAACCAAACGUAGAAAAACUGCAUUCAAAUUCGGCACAGCAUUACUGUUCUAACUAUCGUUACCUCGGUAAGUGGGCAUGGCUGGCGGCUGGUUCAUUACAAAGCAUUCACACCAGCUCUGGCCGUGUUGUCAGGCCAGUUCUAAGGCGAAUACAAUAUUGCCAGUGACAUGGUAAGAACAGCGGAAACUUUACCUUGAUCAGAACGAGGUCGCUACACUGUACUGCAAGGGUUACCUGUGACAGGCCAGCUUUCAAUAGAUCUCUGUUGGUGCUUCAUGCGGGGACUAGAGGUCGUUUAAAAGUGAUUUAAUUUUGCUAUCCUGAUUUCUCCUCAUAUGCGUGCCGAUUGUUGCGUUAUCUAUAUGUGCAUGCGUAGGGCACAUUGUGCUGUGCAUUGGCGCGUAGUAUGCAGUGAUACAUUCAGACGUGCACUGCAUUUUCGCACCUUAUUGUUUCGGAGAUACGCAUUACAUGCAGAUCAUAUUUCGUCAGCAGGUAAUCCCGCCAAAUUGUCUUCAAAAGCCGGUCGAUCUUAUGCUUAUUCUGUUCCAAGCUACACCGUUUCUCUGGACUCAGUUGUACGUGCGCGGGAUUUUGAUGCUUUAAGUGCCGUCGAAUCUUGAAUGUGUUGGUGCCCAGCCUGACGACACCGCGUCGAGUUUGAUUGCUGCCGUAGACUAGUGGUUGUGCUAACCUCAAAGUGAAUGCGUUGGUUGUAGGACGGUUGUGAUGACGUCAAAUAAGGCUGGGUAAAGGUGUGGGUGAUGAGUGAGGGCGCGGUCCGAAAUCUGUCUCACUGAAAACGUGGCAACUUGAGCGUGGGCGACGCAACUGCAGGACGUCUGGAGGCUGAGGAGGGCCGGCGGAGCGAGCGCCCGGUCGUGAUGACGUCCGGAGCUUGUGGGUGCCGCCCGGCCGAUGGCAGCUGGCUGACGCUGGGUGCCGUGAUGUCCCGGAGUGCUCGGGUGACGCCGAGCUCGCUUUAGCACCGGGGUGCACACAGGUCUUCUGGCACGGGUUGCACUGAUUCUGCGUUGUGAACACCUGUCGCAAUAUGAGCAUGUACUAAUGUAUGGUGCGCACGGAGCUCGACGACGCCACGUUUUUAUCACGCCUCGCACCCCGGUUGUGUUACAUGUAGGGUAAUAUGUUCGUCACUAAGGACACUUGCAAUAUCGCUUGCGUACUUUAAGUAUGCGCAUGAAAUGUGUUAUUUGUUAUGCACGUCCCAUGUUUUCUGAAGAUUUGUUGGUGAAUGCUCUCAAAGCGGUCCAACUAGCCGACACCUGCCAGUUGUCGCUGUCAAUGUCCUUUGUAAGGGCGACUUGUACCGAGUGCGAGGACUCAUUUACGCUGCGGAACAUUGCUGCGGGCCCGACUCUAUUCGUUAUCAUUCCCAAUGUUUGUUUCUCAACUUGUCAGCGCUCGUUGUCGAAAGCGCCCUGUAGCUCCGUCCCACGGGAUACACGGUCGAUGUGCGGGCUCAGUUGCCGUGCGCUCUGCUGCCGGCGGCCGAGCCGGGCGCGGGCGCCCCCUCGGACGUCGGCGCUGCCGCCGCGUGCAGUGUGCGGCGGGGCCGUGACGCGGUGUGCACAGUGUGCGGCGGGGCCGUGACUUGCACUGACGCGGCGGGCGGGCGCUGCGGGGCGCGCGCCGUAUUGUUCGGCGCCGUUUGGCCGGAUGUAAUAUUGCCGUGGCGGCAGCGGCCGCCGACUGUGACCCGGCGUGUGCCCAUGCCGAAGUUGUGACCCCGCGCCGCCACCGCCGGGGUCGACGCAUGCUGCGGGGGUGCGGCGGGCGGCUGCCGCCACUUUGCACUGCUCUCACGCACAACACUCCGUCCGUUAGGCAGGGCGGGCGGCGCUGGCGCGGUGGGGUGGCGGGGCGCGGGCUCGCCCGGCCCUGCCCCACCGCCUGCCGAGGCUGAUCGCGUGAUAUGUCAC